GUCGACACGCUAGUCAUUAUUUUGCUCCCGCGGCCAAGUCCUUUUUUGCGGCGCCGUGCAGCUCACAACGCGCCGGCUGUCUCUGCGCACCCCAAGCCUUCACCAGAAGCGCGCCCACCACGUUUGAACGGCUAAAAACGCCGCCGCAGCAAGCGCUCUCCCUGAGACCCAAACUAGAAGAUGCCGCUCCCGCCCAUCCCGCCGGAGUUCAAGCCGGCCAAGCCCUUCCUGCAACGAGCGGAGGAGUUAGAUCGGGACCCGUCGCAAGAAGCGUCCGUGACGGCCUACUGCUGCCGCCAGCGCGCCAUGGAGCUCGGCAUAGCACUCAGAGACAAAGCGAGUGACGCCGAGGCCGCGACGACCUUCCUCCUAAGUUUGAUGGACACGCUCGAGUCCAAAAAAGAAAAGCUCGGUGAUUUAACUCGGGAAGAGCAGGAGCAGGUGUUGUGCCAAUUCGCGGAAGAUGUGUUUGCGAAGGCCGACGCCGAAGAUCGCGCGGGCAAGGCCUCCAAAUCAACAGCGAAGACGUUCUACGCGGCGUCCAUCUUCUUCGACGCCCUGUCGCAGUUUGGGGAGCGAGGCGAGGAAGUGGAAGAAAAGUGUCGCUACGCGAAAUACAAGGCCGCGGACAUCAUCAAGUGCCUGAAGGCCGGCGUCCGGCCCGAGCCGGGGCCUCCUGGGGGUAGUGAGCCGGCCUCACCAGCAACACCGGACAUCCCGGACGCUACGGCGUUGCCUCCACCGGUCGCGCCGCCGGCCUACGACGAGCUCCCGCCGGCCGGCAAACCGUCGGCGCCGUCGCCGCCGGCCUUCCAACCACCACCUGCAUUCGCGCCGCCGCCGCGGCGGCAGUGGACGCCGCAGGCGCCGCCGCCGAUCAACAGCAGUGGAAGGCAGCCUUCCAAACAGCAGUUCGCCGACGCCGUCGAGUGCUGCCGCUUCGCCAUCGCGGCCUGCGACGCGCGCGACGCGGGCCUGGCCCUCGAGCGCCUCAAGCGGGCCUUCGAGGCGCUCUCCUAAUUUC